UCAAUCUGAGCUCUCAUGUCAACUAUAGUUACUGUCACGGGCUAUUACCGACACCGAGCGCGGCCGCAUCACCAGGACGCUGCGUCCGCAGUAUGUUUCACGUGAACUCUUCGAUAGUGGCGCGCAGAUCUACUGUAUAUCUGCAGUUAUGUACAUCGUACUGUGCAUUGGCCUCGUUCGUUCUUUUAAACAUACUAAAAGCGCUGUCUGACGAGGAUGAACGGAGACCGUGACAACAAAGAGGUUUUUCAACUUCAAGUUGAAUAUGGUGACUUCGGAUCAGCACAGACUGCCACUCUCAAUAGCCAGACUCGCGAAUCGCAAUUUGUGGAGCGGCCGCGCCGGUCUAUGGCAGCUAGGCUUUUUGGUAUCGGCAUUGUGAGCUUGCUGCUCUUUGUCGUGUUUACCCACCCUAGAUUCAACAUCGUGCGCAAUGUUUCCGACUACUACGAGUUUUCAACAGACUUAAAUGAACCUGGUUACCCUGAUCCCAGCGAUGGGGCAGUCGUCGGGUGCAUCAGUAGCGCGGAGUGGGACGAAUACUAUGAAUUACCAUCAUGGGCGCAGCAGUUCCCUUUUGGCAGCGAGUCACUUUUCACCCUUCCUGUCGGCUCUGACUCCCUGUAUCUCAUCUCUCGGGGUGCUUUCCAGUACGGCACUGUCACCGUGGAGCAGUCAACGGAUGUCUCAGAUGAUGUCAUUGUACGCAUCCGCGCUGCAUACUUUAAAGAAGAGGCCUUUGAACGUGCAAAUGUUUGCCGCCUCAAGCGCCAGGAAAAUCAGAAUGGAAUCGGUAUCUACACCUCGAAGAGCCCUCUUCCUGGCCAAGAUAACAAAGAUCAGCUCAUGUUUGAUGUCACAUUGACCUUGCCCGCCAGCGCGAGCGAGGAUGCCCUCUAUAUCAAGAGUUUAGAGACCUCUGCGCCUCUUUUCAGCCACGAGGUCGCGGCUUUGUCGGACACCGUUUUCUUCGGUAGUAUUUCGUUAAAUACUUUGCAUUUCCCGAUCAACGUCCAGUCUGUAGCAGCCGAGACAGGGGUUUUUACCACUGCUAACGGGCUUAUCAAAGGACACUUUCAUUCGAUGUCGUCUCUCAAACUCAUUACUACCAACAUGGCCAUCGACGCAGAUGUUAUCCUGUUUCAUAACGAAUCUGCAAAGCCAUCUGAAUUGGUCAUAACAACUGCAAAUGCGCCCCUUAAUGCACGUGUAUCUUUGACUACUGUCUCGGGAUAUGCCGGAGAAUUCGGAGUUGAUGCACAAACCGCGAACGCCCCGCUUAAACUCACCUAUGCCAACUCGCCAGUUCAUUCUCAGCUCAACAGUAAGGCGAGAACCGUGAAUGCUCCAGUGACUGUAGGCUUGCAUAGCGCAUUCGAGGGCUCUUUCUCUAUAUCCUCCUCAUUCAUCGGGCCCUCGCUUGAGCAACAUAGAGUUGAGGAUCCCACAGGCAAAGGGCGUGAACGUCAUGUCACUGCAUCCCGCAGCAGGGGACACGUUCAAGGCACUGUUCGUUGGGUUGGGGGCGAACAUAGUGGAGGCGGAACUGGCUUUGUUCAAGUAUCAACAACGCUAUCGCCUGCCAAGUUGAUCUUGUGAAGCAUGGUGUUCUAAUUGGAAGAGGGUGGAUCGAAUUCUUUCAAGAUUACUCUGUCGUAAACAUGUUCUAUCUUCACAUCUGCGAUGCCCUUGCUGUAAUCAUGACUUCAUUGGUUGCGAGGUCGUCAUGGGGGUGACUAUACCAGACAAAGGCAAAGACAAAGGUACAAAAUCCUGUGUAAACAGUU